UGCAAAACUUACAAAAAUAAAAUUAUGUACAAACCUUGUUGUCUUCAUAAAUAAAAAAAAUUAUGUUUUAAAAUUUUGUAUAAAUAAUAUUGAGGUAUUCUCGAAAGCAUAGUUCUCCGACAGAUAUCAAAAUAUCAACAUGUUAAAGGAAAUCACUCUGUUGUGUUUCAUGAUGGCCUUGGUCGUCGCCUAUCCCGAUAUUUCAAACGAAGACGGUGAACGUUCUGAUAGUUUGAAAUCUCCAGGUCCCACCCUAUUGAGAGUUCCUCGCUAUGCCUGGGGUGGCUAUGGAGGCGGCUAUGGAGGCGGCUAUGGCGGUUGGGGACAUCAUCAUAGACACGGAUAUGGAGGGUAUGGAGGGUAUGGAGGAUAUGGAGGAUACGGUGGAUAUGGAGGAUAUGGAGGAUAUGGGGGAUAUGGGGGAUAUGGAGGAGGGUAUGGCGGAGGGUAUGGUGGAUAUGGAGGAUAUGGGGGAUGGUACUAA